AUGUGCGGUAUCGGCGUCCUCAUCUCGCCCGCAGUGGCAGUGGGUGAACGAGGUCAAGAUGUAGCGACGCCAUUGGAAGGAUACUGGCCGUCGGUCCUCGACAACAUUCGCGACAGAGGUCCUGACUGCUCGAGUUCAGUGCAGCACGAAUUCCGGGCUCCUUCCUCCACCGCCGCUUCGAGUAGCGCAACCAUCACAGCAUGGACGCUGUCUCUCACCUCGAGCGUCCUCAGCCUACGUGGUGACGGCAUCACCCAGCAGCCACUUACGAGCUCCGAUGGGCAGCUGCUCUUGGCAUGGAACGGUCAGAUCUUCGACUGGGACAGCAACGCAUCGAGUCACGCAACCUCCUCUCGCGUACGACUCGUCUCGGGAGAGAACGAUGGCAUCAUCUCGCUCGAUCGCAUUCAACAGCUCCUCGACCAACAGAAAGAUCACGAUAAGAGUCCGAGCUCGACUGGAUCAGCUCUCAACGCCGCUUUGUCGGAAAUCGAAGGUCCCUACGCAUUUGUCUUGCUCGACCGUCGUGAGUCCAAGCUGUAUUUCGGACGUGAUCCGCUGGGAAGGCGAUCGUUACUGUUGCAGAGACUGCCUCAACACUCGACUCUCGCCAUCGUUUCCGUCGCUGGAGGAGAAUCGCCACACGGCCUCGACCCGGAAGACUCACGGUCCGGUGCAACCCUGACGGAGAUCGACUGCUCCUCGCUGUGGCACAUCGACCUCCUUCACACGCCCACCUCACCGCAUCCUCUUCCCCGGCUCACUUCACGCUUCAAUUCUCCUCUCUUGCUGCGAGAACUCCAACCAGCCGACCAGCAACAAUACGACCCUCCCAGAUCACCAGAGCAGAUCCGACAAGACUUUCUCGCCGUGCUCUCCGAAAGCGUACGGAGGCGCGUCACCAACAUCGACACGGACCAGCCGGCCGACGAAGCGCACGUGGCGAUCUUGUUUUCAGGUGGACUCGAUUGCACUACUCUGGCUCUGUUGGCGGAUCGUCAUGUGCCCAAGGAUCAGCCGAUCGAUCUGCUCAACGUCGGGUUCGAGAAUGUCAGGGCGAUCGAAGCUGCCAAGUUGGAGAGCGAGAAGAGGAUACGCUCGAAGCUGAAAGCUGCACAGAAGGGGAGGAAGCCUGCAGCGCAAACCCGGGACAUCGACAUCGACAGUGCUGAAGCCGAUCAGAAGGGGCCCGCUACCGUUGUUGAAGAUGAUCAGACCGACGACGUCCACACCACCGACAUCUACGCGGUUCCGGACCGUCUCACCGGCAUCUCCUCCUACACCGAGCUCUUAACCCUCUCUCCCCACCGUCGCUGGAACUUCGUCUGCAUCAACAUCCCCUACUCCGAAUAUACCUCUCACAAACCGCGCAUCUCAUCGCUCAUGUCCCCCGCUUCCUCGGUGAUGGAUUUGAGCAUCGCAUCCGCGCUCUUCUUCGCCUCUCGUUCCCGCGGACAUCUCCUCUCCACCUCCGAUACCGCGUACACUUCACCCGCCAAAGUACUGAUUUCCGGUCUCGGAGCGGACGAACUCCUCGCCGGAUACUCGCGUCAUCGUCAAGCCUACAACUCUUCUCUGCAAUCGUUGGUCAGAGAACUUCAGAUGGACCUCGAUCGUCUACCUACCCGCAACCUGGGACGGGAUGAUCGAAUCCUUUCCUCCCACGGAAAAGAAUGCAGAUAUCCAUUCUUGGAUCGAACCGUGAUCGAGUUCCUGACCUCGAUUCCCGUGGAGCACAAGGUGAACCUAGUAAAGCUCGGAACGGAAGGCGCAGGUGGAGAUAAGCGGUUACUGCGGGACGUGGCGAAAGAGUUGGGGUUGGUAGGGGCGUGCGAGCUGAAGAAGAGAGCGAUGCAGUUCGGAACGCGCAGCGCAAAGAUCGAUGGCGGAAGCGCGAGGGCAAAGGGUCAUCAUCGACUUGCUUGA